CAAGUCAAAAUUUUCUCAAAGCUCUCUCUUAUCUCCAAUCCAACCUACUUCAUUUGAUCUUCUUCAAUCCUUUCACAUUUUUUCUUUAUCCAUUCUCCCUCUUCUUCCUCCUCCUCCUCCUCUUCCAAUGGGUUGCGGCAUGUCAAGAUACGGCAUGGCCGACCAUUUAGACUUUCAUCCCAUCCGAAGGAAACUUGAUAAUUUGCGUAGAAGUGAUCGCCUUGUUGUUACCAUAGACGACACCCCUUCUACCAAACUACUUCUAAGGGAUGGUGAAGAUCAUGCAGUUUCGAAUUGCGAUAAUACCCGCAAAAGCAUUUCUUCACCUCACGAAGAAGCCCUAAAGGGACCAGCAUUGGAGCACAAAGAAAGCUUGAAGAUUGCAGAAGGAGACAACACAAAAAAGAAAAACGGUGGGGAGGAGAAAGAAAACGAGGUUAAAGCUAAAAACGAGGAGGUUGUGGCCGUGGAGAGGGAUAACAAGAAGGACAACGAUGGAGAAGAAGAAGAAAGCGAUUAUGAUGAUGAAGAAGGAAGACUUUCUGAUUAUGAUGGUUCUGCAUUGUGGAUCGACUCUCCGAGUUUUAGAGAGUAUUGCACCCACGAUUGCGAUUCAGAUGAUAGCUCCAAGGACGAUGGUAACAGUGAUGGAGAAAAGAAGGAAAUCAAGAUAAAAGAGGACAAGUGCAAUUCAUCUCCAAACUCAAACGAGGGGGCAGUGACCAAACCCAAAAGAAAAGAAAGGAAAGGGAGAAGAUUCAGAAAGGUGUUUCCAAUGGGGAAGCCAUCUGCUAUGAAGAAUCUACUGCAUGUCACAUCUUGCUAUAACCCAAAUGCUGCUUCUGCGGCUCGCGAUCACAAGGUCGGGAAACAAAUUGAGAAAACUGUUUGAUUCGAAAUCAACGUAGAGAGUGGAAGUGAUUUUUCUCUUGCUUUAGUUCGUUUCUUCUCCCGUUCUUGUAAAUAUUGUUUGCCCUGUGAUUGACAAGACACUCCCAUCGUUUGUCAGAGAGAUCUCUUAAGACAAGUAGCAGAAUGAAAAUCACUACCCAAAUGCCAACA